ACACGUCAAUUACUCAUGCAAACACGACAGGAUCAUGUGUCGUCUGUGUCCAGCGCUGAAGGUCAAGGGUCAGACGGGAAGCCCAGUAAGACGCAGCAGCUCAGGAAGGUGUUUAAGGAAUACGGUGCCGUCGGCGUCUCGUUCCACAUCGGAAUCUCCCUCAUAUCUCUGGGAAUAUUCUACCUCGCUGUGUCCAGCGGGUUAGACAUGACGGCUCUGUUGUGCAGACUGGGCUUCAGCGAGUCUCUGGUUCAGUCGAAGUUAGCCACCGGCACAAGCACGUUUGUUCUGGCGUACGCCGUGCACAAGCUCUUCGCCCCGCUGCGCAUCAGCAUCACGCUGGUGUCGGUGCCGCUCAUCGUGCGACACCUCAGGAAGACGGGACUCUUCAAACCCAGAACAUCCGGCCCGUGAGCUUCAGCUCCAGGACUCACGACACAUUCAUAAGCUUCUCUAGAUGACUUAUCAGAGCAUUUCAUUGAUAGUGAACUCACUACAGUAACUUAUUUCCCUCUGACAAAUGCAUCAGUGCAUUUAUUGAGCGUGCAGUACCUCAUUUGGACGGGUGAUGGUGACGUCAGAUUCUGCUUUGCUGUGUGUACAUUUACAUACAUAUGUACAUACAUGUUUACACGACCAGCUCUUACACUGCAAAACAUCACGUUUUUCCUCAUAUUUCUGUCUUGUUUUCCAGCACAAAUAUCAAAACAUUCUCAAAUCACGAUACAUUUACUGGAGAAGCAAAAUGAAACAUUUGUUUUCCCUGAAAAAUUGAUCAAAAUGAAGUGAGAUUGUUUAAAACAAGAACAAAUAUCUGUCAAAAUAAACUUAAUUCAAAGGGAAAAUGAUUAUUUUUCUGACCCCAUCUUGUUUUAAGCACAAACUCACUUAAAGACUCAAUUUCUUCAGUCAUUUUGCUUCUCCAGUACAUGUAUCUUGAUUUAAGAAUGGGAAAUGACAAACACUGAGGAAGAACUUCAUGUUUUUCAGUGAAUCAUGAUGAACUUCGAGUGCCUCGUUUGGACUGGUGUUGGAAACGAUCAGGUCUUUAUGAAUGUUCUUUAGUUUUAAGCUCUGCAAUCCUUAAAUGAAGUAUGUUAAAAUUUUAUCAACUGUGAUUUUUGUAAAUGUACAUUAAACUGUUAACGAAGAAGACAGUUGCUUUGAUUUAGUUCACACUAAUACUAACUGCCUCAAUCAAAUGGGCUUUAGAGGAUUUUUCAGGACAUUUUUGUGAUUUAAUUAUAUUGAAAGAUUGAUUGUGUAAUAUUGUAAAGACAAUGUUAUUAUAUUUGACUACAUCUAAUUAUAAAAUAAAAUAUUUGCCCUGUAAGGACUAA